GCGAGAGCUGAAAUUUUUAAAUUUGUGUUUAUGCACUUGGCCUACGUUUUAAAUUUGGUUUUCGUUUUUUGUGUUCUUGGCCAGAGCUGAAAUUUUUAAAUUUGUGUUUGUGCUGUUGGCCUAUGUUUUAAAUUUGGUUAGAUCUGUCUUGAAGCGACAUCACAGGACAUCAAAAAGAUCAGGCGCAUAUCAUUGUCCAAGGAUGACUGAACAUCAAGGGAGGGAUGAAAUAAAAUCCCUUUUGGGGUCACAUGUUGCUCCUGAAAAAACUGACCCUCUUGAAGAGACAAGAAAAGAAAUUGAGAAUAAAGUGAAAAGGAUCUUGAAGCCUAUCAAAGUUGAAGGAAAAGUGGGCAAUUUGAACGUAGAGUUACAACUUGUUGACCUCGUCGUGGAGUACUACAAACAGCACAAAUCACUCAACGCACAUCAUGAUGAUCAUACUGCAGAGUUAAAGGAGAAAUUUCAUUACCAAGAAAGAACAAGUUCCAGCCAAUAUUCCGAUUCAGAUCAUUCUUCUAAGGGGAAAGCAGAGAAAGCCAGUGGAAGCAUUAAACAACAAAUUGAAGCUGCAAAUGAUAAGGGGAAGAAAUUCUGUGAAGACCUGCAAGCCAGAGAUGAUCAGUUGAAAGAUGACAAUUCAACAUUGCAGGAUGGGAAGGAACAGAGAAUAAUACAGGGUUUACAAUUAGAGCUGGCCUCUUUACAAACCCAGAAAAAGGAACUAGAAGAGCAGUUUGAAGAGCAAAAUUUGAAGCUGCAGUUGGUUCAAACUGGACUACGAGACAAAAUUUUAGAAUUGGAAAGAAUAUCAAAAGAGAAAGAGGAUAACCAAAGCAAAUUGAAAUUGCAGAUUGCAGGAGAAGAACAAGAAGAUGAAGGAAGAAAGAUUCUGGCGAUGGAAAAGAACAUUGAGCUAGCUAGCAAGGUUGUUAAUCUGCAGAAAGCGCUGAAAAGGUCAAUUGAAAAGCACAGACAACUUCUGGAUCAGUCUCAGGAAACCUACCUGACAAACCUUGGCCUGAAAGAUGAGAUGAUUGAUUCGGGUAUUGAGCUGACUUUGAAGAUGAAGGAAGAAAUAAUAAUCAGAAGCAAAGCAAUUACAAGGUUACAGGAUGAGAUAAACACUGCUGAAUCUAACCUGCAGAUCUCUAACAAUAACCUUCAUGUCACAGAACAAUUACUUGCUAAGAAGAAAGAAGUCUACAGAAAAGAAGAAGAGAAGUUCCAACAAGAAUGUACAGAACUCAAGGAACAAAAUUCCAAAUUGUCGAAUGAGAUCGACACUGCUCAGAGAGAUCUCAUUGAGAUCAGGAGUUCACUGGAGAAGACAAGAAAUUCAUUCUCCGGACUUGAAGUAGUGUUCCAGGAGUUCCAGGAAAAUGACAGUUCCUUCCAGAGCCGUAUUGUUGAAGUCUCAGAAGCACUUUGGAUUGUAAAGAAAUUGCUUGUGGACACAAAUGGUAAGAUAGAAGAAUUGGAAAAGAGACUCAACGUGAAAGAAGAUGAGGUGCUCAAAAUAGAGGAAGAGAAGAAGUGAUAAGGUGCUCAGCAUGUGUACCACUGUGAUCAAAUUGAUGAUCUGAAGGAUGUCUUGAGAUUUUCAUUUCUUCGUCCAGUAAGUCUGCCCACCUCCAUUUUUUUCAUUUUUUCUCUUGUAGGGCAAUUGGACUAGUUAAUUGAAUUGAGAAAUGGAUACCAAAUCUAGCUAUCUUUUCAGUCUGUAUUGUUUUCUCAGUGGAAAAACCUGCUCUCCCCCAUCUUCUGAGUUGGGAGCCGGCUACUCACUUCAUUUUGUGGAGCCAAUAACAAUUGAAAGGAUGCCAUGCGCCUUUUAUCCUUCUCAA